GGUCCCAACCGCUCUCUCCUGCCUCUCUGUCCUCUCAGGCUCCUCGAGGAGUAGGAGGGACAGUACAGGAGAAGAGGGGCGAGGGUUCCAUCGUUGGGCACCGGGGCCAGGGAUUAGAGCCGCUGCCUCUGCCUCUGAGCUUCCACCUUGGCGCCCCCCGUCGCCCGCACCCCCAGCCGGCUCCAUGGGAGCCACUUCCAGCUCGGGCUUCUAUGUGAGCCGCGCAGUGGCCCUGCUGCUGGCCGGGCUGGCAGCCACCCUCCUGCUGGCGCUAGCGGUGCUCGCCGCCCUCUACGGCUACCGCGCGGGCGUCCCGCCGUCGGAGCUGCGUGGCCUCCAGGUCCCGGACGCCUCGUCCUCCACUCCGGGCAGUCAGGAGGAGCCGCCGGCUACCCCGAAACCCGGCUCCGCACGCGAGCCGUCGGUGACGACCACCUCGGGCGACUGGCGACCCGCGGGGCCCUGGGACCAACUGCGCCUGCCGUCCUGGCUCGUGCCGCUGCACUACGAGCUGGAGCUAUGGCCCCGGCUGAGGCCCGACGAGCUCCCCGAGUCGUCGCUGCGCUUCUCUGGCCGUGUGAACAUCACGGUGCGCUGCACCGUGGCCACUGCGCGAUUGCUGCUGCACAGCCUUUUCCUGGACUGCGAGCGGGCCGAGGUGCGGGGUCCCCUGUCCCCAGGCAUCAGGGACGCCACCGUGCGCCGCGUGCCCGUGGACGACGUGUGGUUCGCGCUUGAUAUGCAAUACAUGGUGCUGGAACUUGGUGAGGCCCUGCAGCCUGGUAGCCGCUAUGAGCUUCAGCUCAGCUUCUCGGGCCUGGUGUACCAGGACACUAGGGAGGGACUCUUCCUCAACGUCUACACCGACCAGGGCGAGCGCAGGGCCCUGCUAGCAUCUCAGAUGGAACCAACAUUUGCCAGGAAUGUUUUCCCUUGUUUUGAUGAGCCAGCUCUGAAGGCAACUUUUAAUAUCACAGUUAUUCAUCAUCCAAGUUAUGUGGCCCUUUCCAACAUGCCAAAGCUAGGUCAGACUGAAAAAGAAGAUGUGAAUGGAAGCAAAUGGACUGUUACUACCUUUUACACCACGCCCCACAUGCCAACUUACUUAGCCGCAUUUGCUAUCUGUGACUGUGACCAUGUCAAUAGAACCGAAAGGGGCAAGGAGAUACGCAUCUGGGCCCGGAAAGAUGCCAUUGCAAGUGGAAGUGCAAACUUUGCUUUGAACAUCACAGGUCCCAUCUUCUCUUUUCUGGAGGAUUUAUUUAAUAUCAGUUACCCUCUUCCAAAGACAGAUAUAAUUGCUUUGCCUAUUUUUGACAACCGUGCAAUGGAAAACUGGGGACUAUUGAUGUUUGAUGAAUCAUUAUUGUUGCUGCAACCAAAUGACCAAUUGACAGAAAAAAAGACUUUGAUCUCCUGCAUUAUCUCCCACGAGAUUGGACAUCAGUGGUUUGGAAACUUGGUUACCAUGAAUUGGUGGAACAAUAUCUGGCUCAAGGAGGGUUUUGCAUCUUAUUUUGAGUUGGGCGUAAUUAACUACUUCAAUCCUAAACUCCCAAGAAAUGAGGUCUUUUUUUCUAACAUUUUACACGGUGUCCUCAACGAAGAUCACGCCCUGGUGUCUAGAGCUGUGUCCACGAAGGUGGAAAAUUUCACAGAAACAAGUGAAAUAAAUGAACUCUUUGACUUAUUUACUUACAACAAGGGAGCGUCUAUGGCCCGGAUGCUUUCUAGUUUCCUGAAGGAGCAUUUAUUUAUCAGCGCACUCAAGUCAUAUUUGAAGACAUUUUCCUACUCAAAUGCUGAGCAAGAUGAUCUAUGGAGGCAUUUUCAAAUGGCCAUCGAUGACCAGAGUAAAAUUCUUUUGCCAGCAACAGUAAAAAGCAUAAUGGACAGUUGGACACACCGGAGUGGUUUUCCAGUCAUCACUUUAAAUGUUUCUACUGGUGCCAUGAAGCAGGAGCCAUUUUAUAUUGGAAAGUUUAAAAAUCAGACUCUUCUUACCCACAAUGACACAUGGAUUGUCCCUGUUCUUUGGAUAAAGAAUGGAGCUACGCAGUCCUUAGUCUGGCUAGAUAAAAACAGCAAAGUAUUCCCUGAAAUGCAAGUUUCAGAUUCUGACCAUGACUGGGUGAUUUUGAAUUUAAAUAUGACUGGAUAUUAUAGAGUUAAUUAUGAUAAAUUAGGUUGGAAGAAAUUAAAUCAGCAGCUUGAAAAGGAUCAUAAGGCUAUUCCUGUGAUUCACAGACUACAGUUGAUUGAUGAUGCAUUUUCCUUGUCUAAAAAUAAUUAUAUUGAGAUUGAAACAGCCCUUGAUUUAACCAAGUACCUUGCUGAAGAAGAUGAAAUCAUAGUAUGGCAUGCAGUCUUGGUAAACUUGGUAACCAGGGAUCUUGUUUCUGAUGUGAAGAACUAUGAUAUAUACCCAUUAUUAAAGAAGUAUCUAUUGAAGAGACUUAACUCAAUAUGGAAUAUUUAUUCAACUAUAAUUCGUGACAAUGUGAUAGCAUUGCAAGAUGACUACUUAGCUCUAAUAUCACUGGAAAAACUUUUUGAAACUGCAUGUUGGUUAGGCCUUGAAGACUGUCUUCAGCUGUCAAAAGAAUUCUUCAGAAAAUGGGUGAAUCAUCCAGAGAAUGAAGUACCUUAUCUGAUUAAAAGUGUGAUUUUAUGUUAUGGCAUUGCCUUGGGAAGUGAUAAAGAAUGGGACUUUUUGUUAAAUAUCUACACUAACACAACGGAGGAAGAAGAAAGGAUUCAACUUGCCUAUGCAAUGAGCUGCAGCAAAGACCCGUGGAUACUUCACAGAUAUAUGGAAUAUGCCAUCACCACAUCUCCAUUCACUUUUAAUGGAACAAAUGUAAUUGAAAUUGUGGCAGCCUCUGAAGUUGGCCGGUACAUUGUGAAAGACUUUUUAGUCAACAAUUGGCAAGCUGUGGGUGAAAGGUACGGAACACAAUCAUUGGUUACUUUAAUGUAUAUAAUAGGGAGAACCAUAAGUACAGAUUUACAGAUCGUGGAGCUGCAGCAGUUUUUCAACAACAUGUUGGAGGAGCACCAGAGGAUCACAGUACAUGCCAAAUUACAGACAAUAAAGAAUGAAAAUCUGAAAAACAAAAAGCGACAUGCCAGGGUAGCCGAGUGGCUUCGGAGAAACACGUAGCCUGUGGCUACUUUCAGCACUUCUCUUGAGUAUUAUAAUGCGGUUUACUCCAAGUUUUGUCUUCCAGUACUCUGUAAGGCUGGAAAACCACACAUUUGUUGUUUGUAUUUCAGUCACAUUUACUAUUCAGAGUCCUGUUCUUCCCAUACUGUCAUGUUUGGCCCUGAGGCUUGAUAAGAGCUAAGAAUUUUGCCAACACAGCUAUAAUUCUGGGGAAGAUUUCACUUUAUUGGGCUAUAAACCCACAGAAUUUACUUUAAAUGCCUUGUAAAAACAAAUUUACCUAAGACAGUCUUGCUUAUU